AUGCAUUCUAAUGUAUUCAACAAUAAUUCCACUUUAAUUAAUGAUGAUAAUAAUUGUAUAGAUCAAAUUAAUAAUCAGAAUUGUUUAAAUUGGUAUGGUGGAGCUUGCCCAUCAUUUCUUAUCCCAGGAUCAUCAAUACCAUAUGCUUUAGAAGAACCACAUGGUAAUCCAUCAAUUAUUUUAAGUGUUCAGGAUAAUAUUAGUGAAGUCUACAAUUUGAAUGAACUUGGUGUCAUUAAAACGUUACACUAUAAUAAUUUUGUAUACUUAACAUUAUUUGGACCAUUGACAGAUUCUUUUCCAGAGAAAAUUAUUACUGAUUCAUUGGAUAGAAGAAAUUCAACAUUACCAGAUCUUGUUUUUGAUGUACUUCCUGAUUCAAAUUAUGUUGUUUGUGCAAUGAAAUCAACAAGACGUCAUUCACAGUUAUGGAAGUUAGCUGAAAAUGGUUUAAUCUAUCAUGAAGGUGCAUUCUCCAAACAUAAAGCUGAAUUUGUUUUGGAUGUUAAUCGUAAAGGAGAUCCAAAUGCCCGAUCAAAUGAACGACAUAUUCCCAACGAAUUAUUGGAUGCAGAAACUAUAGAACACUUUGAAGUUGUACAACUUCAUGGGCUAUUAGUUAAUAGUGCAUUGUUUUGUGUACAAAUGCAUCGGGAUCUAAUAGAUAAGCUAUCAUCAUCAACAACUUUAUUAGGUGAUGAUAAUGUCAUUGAUGAAAAUUAUAAUGAUACUACAACCAGUUUAUCACAUAUACCAUCAAAUCAACUUAUUUUAUUAGCAGCACGUCCACGUCCAUCAGCUACACGUUUAAUCAGUGCUUCAAUUACAUCUGCAAUUAUUUUACCAAUUUGGCUUCGUCCUGGUUCGGGUAAAUUACGUGUAUUCACCUACUUAGACAAAACUACACGUGUUCUACGCAUUGAAGAUGAUGAUAAUAAAAAUAUUACUACACAUAGUCCUAAGGUUGAAACUAUUUCACCUUGGAGAAGAAGAACAUCAGUUUCACUAACAGAUGCUUAUUCUCAAUGUGUCACGCCGUUGUAUGAAGGUGAUCUAAACCAACCAAAUCUACAUAAUGUAGCAGAUUUUCAACUUGUCACAAAUUUCAAGGCUAAUGUAACAUUACCCAUUGGAAUAGGAAUCAGUGUUAUAUCAUCAUUUAAUGAAGAGCUUAUCUAUGCAUCAGUGAUUAACUUCAAUUUAUCAUUAACUCAUACUUAUACAAGUAUGCUUAAUAAUAAUAACACUUCUAUAUUGGAUGAAUAUUCUACACUAAUGAUGACACAUGUUAACAAUUUAACAAACUGUUCAUAUCAUACUGAUAUAUCUAAUGAUCAUCAAUAUUUUUGUACUCCUUCUUGUAAUUGUGGUUUAAAUUCUGUCGAUUUGUCUAUUUAUCAUCCAUAUCAAAGUUUAUCAACUUCUUCUUCUUCUUAUAUCAAUGAAUUCAAUGAAGUUGAUAAUUUUGAUAACAAGUAUAAUGAAUAUAAACAUUUAUCACAUGUUAAAAAGGAAUCAUCGAUAAUUAAGACUUUGGAAACCUUAAAUUUAUGUAUUGGACAUUUUCAGAUUGACAGCCAGUUUGCCGGUGCUCUUCUCCCAGUACUCUUAUUUCAAGUCAAUACAAGACUGUUAACUAAUGAUGAGAAAAUUGAAACUAACGAAAAUACACAUCACCAAUCACAAGGGGAUUACAGAAGUGAUGAAUUGAAACAUCUAUCUAAACUGAAGAUUAUGUAUUGUCGUGAUGUUCAAAAUGAAUUACCUGUUUAUUUGUUUAAAAUUUUUCGGAUUGAUAUAAAUCCAGUGAAUAUACAAAUCGAAGAAUUACUCCUUCUUAAAUUGAUUCAAUUCUAUCAACAUGCUUUUGAAGAGAUAUAUGAAUUAAAUAUUUAUUCAGAAGAUUCAUAUAAUAAUAAUGAUAUAUCAUAUCGAAAUAAUAUUUCAGAUAAAAGACUAAAAGCUAUCUCGUGUAAUGAUGAAACUGAAAGUAAACUAUUUUGGUUUGAUCAAUUCUUUAUAAGUCCUAUCAAAAUGAAAUUAAGUGUACAGACAGCUAAGACAUCAUUGACUGAUUCUCACUUAGAGGGAGCUAAGCGUUUAUUACCAUCACUAAUGAGUUUCACAGGUGCAGAAAUACAAUUGGAUUUAGUAGAACGUUUAUAUGUGUUGGAAACUAUUCCACAGAUGAUAAAUUACCUUGAUACAUACUAUCGACUACAAUUUCGUGCACAUGCAUUGAAUAUAUUUGGAUCAGUUGAUUUCCUUGGCAAUCCUAUUGGUUUAAUUAAUGAUUUAAGUUCAGGUAUCUCUGGUCUAGUAGAAUUAGAUGUUGGUGGAUUAAUUCGACAUGUAGCACAUGGUGUUGGAGAUAGCGCAGCGAAAGUUGCUGGAAGUGUAUCACAAUUACUAAAUGCUAUGUCAUUAGAUGAUAAACAUCAACAAGAACGUGCAGUUAUACUUGGCAGUCGUGCAGAAACUUCAUCAUUACUCCAUUCAUCACAUUCUAUAUAUCCUACUAAUUGUAAUGAAAAGGAAUUAUCGUUGAAUUAUUCGUCUAAUAACAAUAAUGAUAAUGAUAAUAAUAAUAAUAAUAAUAUGGAUGAAUCUCUUGAUGAUUUUGAAUUAACUUGUCGUGAUAUCUAUUUGAAUAUGCAGCCGAAAAUGCUUAAAUCUGAUACGAUAUUAUCCCCAUCCCCUCCUCUUCCUCCUCCUCCUCAUCAUCAUCAUCAUCGUCAACAUUAUUACAUCAACAAAACGAGAAAAAAGUUCAACAGACAUUCGAUACAAAUCGGUCUGUUACAGCACCAUUGA